CAAUGGUCUUAGUGUCUCGUUACUCCCACAGCGUGACAUGAACCGACAACAAAGCUCCUCCUCUGGGGGGGAUGAAACCAAGGGGGAACACCUCCUGUUGACUUCACAACCUUCUUGGACGAAACCAUUGUAAUUGUUUUAUAUAUAUAUGAGCCAUUAUAACCAUUUCAGAGGAUUUCUAUAUAGAUUCGGUUUGGAGGGUGAGAUCGAUUCGACUCAAAUCAUACAAGACUGAUUAAUGUUUUUGCCCAUUUUACUUUUUGUUCAUGAAAAAAGCUGCUACUGUAGGAUGGAUGUCAUGUGACAAUGAUUGAUUGAUAUACCCAUUUUAAUGAUCUCUUGAUGUACUCUCAAAUCUGAUGGCUUAAAUUGUUGUUAAGAAUAAUUAAAAGCAUGAUCAGAGGAAUGGACAAGUUCAAUAUCAGGAGGUGAAGAAUGGUUUCUUUCGUGUUUUUUUGGAGCUGUUUCACGCCUGCUCUUCUUGUCGGCAACAGUAUCGAGACUCAUUUAAUGUUGGUGUUGUUGAGUCGGCAUAUGAAAUAGCUAGCAUCUAACUUUCUGGAUUUCGCUGCAUGGUACUGCACUUACCCGAACACAUCAAAAUGAUGCUACAAAGGCAGAGUUUAUGGGAAGGUGAUAUACUUUAGAUACAUUCUGGUUGAGUCGAGUUCAGUCCUUAUUUAUUCGUUCGAUUUUGGAGGAGGUGAUGGGUAAAAUACAUAUGGCUGAUGGUCAAACUUGAUGCAUCAUAGCGCAGUCAGGUGCUCGUAGAAGUAACAACUGUGUGCCCGGAAACCUAGAUCAGAUGCUACAGUACAUGUGAAUGGUUCGAUGUUGGUACGUACUCGAUGCUAUAGGAUCGAACUUGUCGAUGCUUUCAAUAAGAGGUACGUGCCAACUUGUUCUUGGAGAUAGGCGUGCUCGCCCUUCAAGAGUCAGGUUUAUAAUUCUUGAAUACGUGGGUUGGCAGUCGAUGCAGAGAGAGAGAGAUGUAUCUGGUUCCCUCCUGAGGGGCGUAUCUACGAUGGGAAUCAUGGAACGAGACCCAAGGACAAGAAAAGCAUAGCACAGGGACGUAGACGUAGAGGAACAGUGAGGAAAGAGAGAGACAGUAGCCUUCCCUCUCUAGCUGAUGGUUUGUAUUUUAUUGCUAUUCUGUCGACACAUAAAUAAAUACUCCAGGCAGAAGGCCAAGCCCAUGACGCUGCUGGUUUUAACCUUCCCACCACCUCGUUCUUGGGUUUCCGACGGGAAGGAGGCAAGGCUAAGGGCGUUGGAGUCUGAGCAGCCGAUGAGAGUGUGUGAUCUCCGUAGUUCUCGUCAUCGUUUCUUUUCUCGGUGUCUGUGAUGGAGAUGAGGAGCUGGCUUGGCUUCUCUUUGUCCUCCAGCAGGGGCGAGAGCUCCUGCUGCCGUGAAGAGGAUGAGUUUGGAGGUGUGGGAGAGGGUGGUGGUGGUGAUAGAGAUGAAGUGGGGUUUCUGCCAUCUGAUGCCUCCGUCUGCCUCAUGGAACCACCUUUGAGGGCUUCUACUUGUGCUUCAGACUGGAGACACAGUGCAAUUGCCACCACCACCAGCUGCUCCAAUCCUGAAGAGCAAGGUCCAAAGUUUGAGGAUUUCUUGGGUGGCUACUCUGAGAACCUCAAUGAAGAGAAUCAAAACCUGCAGCAACCUAUUUACCACUUUCAUGACAUGUAUUACCACAGCUCUGAUGGCCCUGGAAUUAAUGUCAACAUGCCCCCCUCCUUCAGUCCUGCGGAGGGAGGAACAGGGGAAGAUAUCCAAGUCCCAUACCACCAUAUACAUUCCUUCCACCACAAUCACUUAUUUCAGGAUCCCAAUGCCAUCAAGCCUCCAUUCUUCAUGACUGAUCCUAACCAAAACUUUACCGCAAGUGCUAUCUACAAUUUAGGAAUGGAUGGUUCAACCUCUAUUUCCGGCAUGAAAUCAUGGCUCCGACAAAACCAGCAUAUUCCGGAGAAGCAACCGGUCGAUGCAUAUGAGUGUAACAUCCAAUCGUUGAGCCUCUCAAUGGGUCCUGUUUCACAAUCUGUGCCUCUCAAAAUUGUUCCGCUGGCUUCUCCACUAGAGGCUGCUGAUGAUCCCAAGUGCUUAAAUGUUGUAUCAGCAGAUAGAGAACCAGUUCCUCGCAAGUCGAUCGAGACCUUCGGGCAAAGAACCUCACAGUACAGGGGAGUGACAAGGCAUAGAUGGACUGGAAGAUAUGAAGCCCACCUCUGGGAUAACAGCUGUAGGAAGGAAGGACAGAAAAGAAAAGGAAGGCAAGUAUAUUUAGGGGGUUAUGAUAAGGAAGAGAAGGCUGCAAGAGCAUAUGAUUUGGCUGCGCUUAAAUACUGGGGACCAACAACUCAUACAAAUUUUCCACUGAGCAGCUACCAGAAGGAUCUGGAAGAGAUGAAGGACAUGACUAGACAAGAAUUUGUGGCCAAUUUACGAAGAAAGAGCAGUGGGUUUUCAAGAGGGGCAUCUGUUUACAGAGGGGUGACAAGGCACCACCAGCAUGGUAGAUGGCAAGCUAGAAUUGGCAGAGUGGCCGGAAACAAGGACUUGUACCUUGGCACAUUCAGCACACAAGAGGAAGCUGCAGAAGCCUACGAUAUUGCAGCAAUCAAGUUCCGGGGCCUGAAUGCAGUGACAAACUUUGACAUGAGCAAGUACGAUGUGAAACACAUUUGCUCAAGCUCCCAUCUCUUCGGAGGUGAUCUUGGGAAAAGAUCACCAAAGUCUACACCCACAGCUUCGGCGUCAGCUAACAUGAACCAACCAACUUCUCUCGUCGUCGCAAACUCCGAAGAUUUUUCCAACAUGCUAUCUAAUUCCAAGUCUGAUAGUACUUCAAACAGAGUACCUGCCGAUGCUGUAUCUUUGAUUUCAUCUUCAAUAACCAAUCCAAACCUUUGGAUGGAGAGCCAGGGAGCCGAAGGAACCAUAAUUCCUACCACAGCAUGCAUGGGGACGUUUCUCAGGCAUUCUUUUGCCCUUCUGCAGUGAGGUGAGUGUGGGGAUAGCAGCAGUGGAGCAUGAACUGGAUGGUGCAUGGCAGCAGCUCAGAUGAGAGAUAUACGGGCAGUGAACGAGCUUCCAAAUCUUUUUACCAGUUGAAUGAUUUGAAGAAAAGCUUAAAUAUGCUUCCAAUUAUGUAUCGUCAACUUUCAGAGAUUGAUGGCAGCAAUUUUGCAGUUGUAGCUCAGCUGUGUAUGUCUACUUGUAUGACUCUUUUGUUGGCAUUUGAUUGCUGAAGCUGCUAAUAAUACAUGCUCUGAAGAGAAAUUACCAGUUGCAAUCUAUUAGGUACCUUUUCGACGGUAACAGCAAUCAAAACAUCUUGUAUUGUUUCAUUCUUCUGCGAGUCCUCGGCUUGUUUGCAUACUGGUGCAGUAGCAAAAGCUUGUGCCACACCAUCAAGUUCUCCAGUCCCGAAGCUUGCCAGAGAAGGGCACGCUGUAGAUAUAGAAAGUACAUUUGACGACACCCAUUAUCCGACAUGUGAACAUGCAUGCAAUGUCUGCCAUCUCUCUCUUCGAUGUAUUGACUUGUUUCUCGUAAA